CAUAGCGACACCCUCACUGACCAUGGCUGCUCUGUGUGUCUCUCUGCUACUGGCUGCUCUCUGCAUUGGCACAGCUGUGCCCCUGCAGUGCUACACGUGUGUGGGUUCCGCCACCAACGCCAACUGCAAGAUCCCAAUCAUUUGCAGUUCAAUCCACAAAUACUGUAUGACUGUUGUUGGUUCUGCUUCGGGUGCAACAGCCGUCUCUAAAUCCUGUAUGCCCAGCUGUACUCCAGGAAUAUACAAAAUAUUGCCGGGGUCGCCACUGAGGUUUCCUGCUGCAGAACCAACCUGUGCAACGGUGCCCCUGGGGUAAAAUACAGUUACCCUGCGCUGGGGCUGUCCCUCGG